UUGUAUUAUAUAUCAAUAUCACUUUCUUCCUCUCUCUCUCUCUCUCUCUCAAGUAUUUUCCUUCUCAAAUUUUCUUCUUCUAAGUUCCUUCAAAAACAUUACAAAUAAUGUCUUCAGAUAUAUCCGAAAACAUGCAAUAUGCCAUUGAUGACAAUGAUCAUGAGGUUGAAGAACUUGAGGCAAUCACAGAAAUGGAUGGAGCCCUUCUUAGAGACUUGCUUGAAGAAUUGGAGAACGAAGAAAUCGGGAAGAAUAAUAAUAAUAACGUUAUUAAUGAUCAUAAAGAUAUUGCUGGGAAUGAAGGUACUUAUGGGAAUGUUUUCCUGAAGCAACAAGACCAGUUACAGUACUCUUCUUCAUCAUCCUCCUGCAGCAACUUCUACGAGUCAGAUUGCAUGGUGGAUCUGAUGGAAAUUGGUGAUGAUAAUAAUAAGAAUAAAUUGCCAAGUGAUAUUGAUGAGAUUGGUGGUUGGUAUAGAGAAGAAGAUGAUAUGGUUGGGAUGGUGGAGUUUGGAUGUAAUUAUGUUAUUGGAGGAGAUUAUGAUUCUCAGUUGUAUUAUAAUCAUGGGGUUCCUCCUACUGCAUCCUACACUACUAGUGAAAUUACUUACACUUGCUUGUGGGGAGAUAGUUGAUAUACACACACAUAAUAUUAUAUGUAUGUUAAUCUAGUUUUACUGCUAUCUAUGUGUGGACCAUGGAUGUUAUUAGGAUGCAUGAUUAGUAACAUUGUACAAGCAUGUGAUAUAUAAAAUCAAUGUUCUGGUUCUAA